CUGAAGCUCAGGCGUCCGCUGUUCCUGGAGGGCGAGGCGGGCGUGAGGCAGACGGAGCGCCAAGGUGCUCGCCGCGGCGCUCGACACGCAGCUGAUCCGGCUGCAGUGCUACGAGGUCUGGACGUCAACCAGGCGGUGUACGAGUGGAACUACUCGCGGCAGCUCCUCGAGAUUCGGAUGCUGGAAGCAUCCGACCGAUUCAACGAAGGCGAGGCGGAGCAGGAGCUGUUCAGCGAGAAAUUCCCUGAUAAAGCGACCACUGCUGCAGGCCAUCGAAUCGAGCGGUGA